UAGUGACGUAGUUUGGCUGUAGUGACCACCACAUCUGCUGAAAACACCCCAAGCGUCUUCUACCGCUCCUGUUCUUCAACUUCCCUCCACUCGUGAAAUGUCAGCUAUCACAAGAGAAGAACCACGUCGACUGACACCGACAAACCAACGAGCGAUGAGUCUGUGUGGAGUUGUGCUGCUGUGUAUUGUGUGCAUCCGUCAAGCGAGCAGCAGUGAGGAAGACAUCACUGGUUACAGUGGCCAAUCAGUCGUCCUGAAAUCUGGAGCAGACAGAUCAUGGAGCCUCAGCAGAGUCCAGUGGUCCAUUCAUCAGAACACCACAUUCAUUGCGGGUCUUAAGAAUGGUGAAGUGGUUAUUUACACGUUUUGGAGACAUGAGGGUCGACUUGAGAUCAACAUUGAAACUGGAGAUUUAACAAUCCGUAAUGUGACCGUGGAUGACAGCAUGACAUACAAUGUGGCUUUGGUCACCUCAGAUGGCGGGCGGAGCCAAUCUAAAGUUCGUCUCACAGUUCGAGAAAGUCUCAAGACACCAGACAUCCAGACGACGCUUCAUUCCCUCAUUGACAACAAGUGCUACAUUGCCCUUAAGUGCAUCGCAUCUGGCCAAAAUGUGAAUCUGUCCUGGACGCCUGAUGACGAGUUCGACGGAUCAUAUAUUUCAGGAACCCCAAACUCUGCUGACUCUUCACUUGUUGUUUUUGCAUCAUUUAGUGGCAACAGAAACAUUACGUUUAACUGCACUGCUUCCAGUGGUCAACAGACAAUGACCAGGCAAAUGACAGUGGGAUGUUCAGCUUCAUCUUCUUUUCCGGUCGUUGCUGUGGUUGCGGGAUCGAGUGUUUUCUUGUUGAUCUUCAUCUCUCUGCUGCUGCUGUGGAGAUACAAGAAGAACAAAGGUGCUGAUGCUGGUGAUGAAACUUGUGCUCAACCUUUGAGGAAGAAGAAUAAAACAUGUCUCUGAGUGCAGUGAAGACAACAGACGGCUAAAAGAGAUUCACAGCAGCAGACACAGUGACGCUUGCAUUGCUUCAGAAAUGAAUCUGAGUGAACUGCUUACACACGUGCUUGAUUCAGUUACUUUAGAGAUACAUAUGCACUGUUAUCUCUAAACAUAUUACGUAAGCUAAACAAAUGGUUCUGUAGCAUAUUAAUUAAGAUCCAGCGCCAAAUGCCAGCUCUCAUCAGAAAAUAUCAGUUUUGUCUGGUAACUGUAACGCCACACACGCAGAGGAAGACCUCACCUGAGUACUGACUGUUCAUCGCUCCCUCUGCGUCUACAAUCGUUUCAUGUUUGGCACUAUUUAACACUGUCUAAAACUGCCUGUUUUCAUGUUCUUCUUGGAUUGCCCCUUUAGAUUUACUGCCUGAUUGGACAGAUGUUUGUGUUUAACCCCUUCACUUUCCUACUCAUCUCUGCCUUUUGGAUUCCCCUUGUGUAUGUUGAAAGAUCGGACUGCCAUUACGGUACUGACUCUCUGCCUGGUUUGAACGACUCUUUCCCUAAUAAA